GAACUCUCUCCAGGCUACAGGCUCCAGCUCCUCCACCCAGACCUCCAUCUACAGUUAACCCUUUCAUUUCCCGGUCUGAUUAAACACCCGUUCUGCACUGAGAUGCAAAGCGUCUGCCUUCUACAAGUUGUUUCCACUUUAUCUUUACUCAUCCUAUCCAAAGCACAGCCGGUGGUCGGAUCCGGUCUCUCCUGUCUCAGGUCCAGUCCUGCUGCUGCACAUGACGGACACACGCGCGUCACGUUCCUGCGAGAGGACGCAGCCGGUGUGCGCGCCCUGUUCCUCAGCCUGUGGUCCGAGGAUGCGCGUCCGGUGAAAUGCAAAGUGAACACGGACCCUCUGGUGACGGAGACAUACCGCAGGCUUUGCAACAGAAGCCAUGAAGUAACCCGGAGGUUUAAUAUCAGCGCGCUGUUGGCUCGGGAUGCUCGCUUUUGCGCGCACGUCUCCUCCGCAGCGCCAAAGCUUUCCAGGCGCACCAGGAGAGAAGAGACAGCGGGGAGAGCGCGCAGGAAACGCGCCUGGACGUUCCCCGGCACGCUGUGGUGCGGCACCGGAAGCAAAGCGCUCGGAUACGAACAGUUAGGGAUGUUUGAGAAAGCGGACGGAUGCUGCCGGGAACACGACCACUGCCUGCACAUCAUCCCAUCUUUCACGGUGAAUUAUGGCGUCUUCAACUCUCACUUCUUCACCGUCUCACACUGCCACUGUGACCAAAGGUUUCGGCAGUGCCUUCUCGGUGUCAACGACACCAUUUCCAGCAUGGUGGGCUACAGCUUCUUCAACAUCCUGCGGGUUCCCUGCUUCGAGCUCAAACAGCAGAGGCGAUGCACCGAGAUGUCCUGGUGGGGAACGUGUAAAGUCACCAAAAAGGCUCCCUAUGCCGUCUUCAAAAGGCCGCUCCGUUACAGCACAUCCGAUGUUACAAGCAAACACAGAGACAACACUGAAAGCAACACGCUAACAAGCAGCGAGAAGCAAAGAAUCAUCAUCAACCCGCACAGAACGUCACCCAAAAUUGAACACGGAUGCUUCAGAGACUCGCCCAGAGGAGACCCUUUCUUCCUCAGAAGGACGAAGGAGAAAGGAUGUAAAAGAAACAGGAAACCGUACACGGCAGCACCGACGACUCCUUCAACGAACGCAAGUCUUUUUAAUACGUCUCAAAGUAGCGCAUUGAUGCCAAAUAACAAAAGAGUUGGCAGAAAGAAGAGCACCCGAAACCGUCUGUCUGCUUACCCCAAACACAGAAGCCAAGUUCAACCACAGACCCCCAGAAACUCUCAUCCACAAGCAACAUCUGUAACACAGCAGCCAGCAAUUCAUCUGCACUCAAAAGAAGCCGUCACAGCAGCGACUAAAACGGGCAAAAAAGGCAAAAAAAGUCCAAAACAAAGUCGUUGUUGUGGCGUCAGGAUGCCCCUGAGAGGAGACUCUUUUCAGCCUCGUUGUUUAAGUUGUUUGACAGAUGUUACACCGACUCCGUAUGGAUUCCCAAUCAAUCAGCGAAAUCAGACGACAGCCGGGACUCUGAGGCUUGACCAGACAACCGAAAUGGCCAAACGGGACACUUUGGAAAGACUCUGGAGCACAGCUACUUCUGCAACGCCAGCCACAACUAAACCAAAGAAGGCAGCCUCCGUUCCAAAAGAUGGUGAGAAGAGACGUAAAGACAGCCAGCUGCUGUGUGGAAGCCUCAAACAUCUGGAUGAAUGUAAAUACAAAAUCCAUCCUUUGGAGAAGAAGUUUGACCUGCAGAACAUGGAGUCAGAGACCGCGUACCACUGUGACUGCACCAGCCGCUUGGCUGUUCAGAUUAAAAGCUUCAAGCAACCCAGUGUUCUCCCCACGCUGCUGAUGGAUUUCGUGUCUCGAUUCUGCUUCAAACUGCCGGAGGAGAAGAAAUGCCAGCGCGGGACAAGCUGUUCUGGAGGCUUCACUCCAGCCUCUGACCUACUUCAGGCACUUCAGCUGAUGGAGGACAAAGACACGGCUGGGGUGCGAAAUUCAGUCAAUUACAGAAGACGAGGGAUUCCUGCUCGGCUUUAUAAGCGGUGCCUAAGGCUGGAGAGAGAUGCACGCGUUAUGGCACAGCGCACACGGUCUUAGACUGAUGUCUAUGCAUCAUGAUCCAAUAAGUUGGAUAAGCUUUACAUUUCAUGCAGCGCUUUCUGUUUCUCAAUGGUGUAAAAUGGCGUAAAAAGGACUCAAACCAUUUGAAUAUUGAAAUAGGCCUGUAUUUGUAAAAUGCCAUGAAUGUAAAGGUUAUAUAUUUAUAAAGA